AUGGUGUUCACACCUGAAUCACUUCCUAACCUUGAAGGCAUGGUGUACCUCGUGACUGGAGGAAAUGCAGGAAUUGGUUUCCACACGGCAUUACAGCUCGCUGCUCACCAUGCGAAAGUCUACCUCGGUACAAGAUCUAAAGUGAAAGGUGAAGCUGCUAUCCAGCAAAUAAAGAACCAGCAGCCGGAUGCGGAGGUAUAUCUUCUAGAAAUGGACAUGACGAAACUGAGGAGUGUUGUGGCAGCUGCAGAGCAAGAAAAACAUCUUCACGGCCUUGUGAAUAAUGCAGGUGUCAUGGCAACUCCGUUUGAAAAGACAGCAGAUGGAUACGAGUCGCAAUUCCAGAUAAAUUACAUCUCACAUUGGCUUUUGACCUAUCAUCUCCUGCCCACCAUGAUUGAAACGGCUACAGAUACAUCCCCAGGAGUAGUUCGAAUUGUUAAUGUUGCAUCCAACGCCCACAUGAAUGUCCCUUCAUUUGGUAUCGAUUUUCAAGACAUAGACCAAGUUAGCGGCGGUCCUGUCUCACGAUAUGGAUCUUCAAAACUAGCAAAUAUUCUGCAUACGAAUGAAUUAGUCAAAAGAUAUGGUACACCUACUGCUCGAUCUAUUGACAAUGCAAUUUCAGUUGGGAAUCAUGUAAAUGGUGAAAUUUGGAUGGCGAGCUUACAUCCUGGAAUGGCGAAGACGAAUCUUCUCUCGGGAGCCACGGGUUCUUUGUUUGUGAGAAUCGCGGCUGGUCUUCUUUCAGCACUAAGCAAAACUUCUCUGAUAGGCCUCUCCCCAGAAAAGGCGGCAUAUACCCAACUAUUUGCAGUGGCAAGCCAGGACUUCACUCGAGAUAUGAAUGGAGCGUAUCUAGAACCAAUUGCACAGGUGGCGAAACCAAGCAAGCUUGCCGAAAAUACGCAGUUAGCUAAAGAUUUGUGGGAGUGGACAGAGAAUGAAAUGAAAAUGGGUGGCUUCAUAUAAGUCGCAUCAGUCUGUACCGUAACUUCAUCUACGGAGCUUUGGAUGCCUUGUCAAGUAUAUUUGUGUCUUGAAUUGUAUCGGGUGGCAGGGCUUGAGAUUGAAAUGUAACUGGAUUUUGCACC